AUGAAGAUGGCAGUCAAGUACUUCGCCGCGACGGGCCAGCCCAGCAGGACGCACUUCAUCGCCAGAAGGGGCGGCUUCCACGGGACCACGGCCGGAGCGCUGGCACUGACCGGCAAGGCGGCCUUUCGGCACCCCUUUGAGCCUCUGCUCAAGAGCGACACGGUCUCGCUCGUCAGCAUGCCAAACACGUACCGCGGGAUGCUCCCCGGGGAGACGGAACCUCAGUACGUAGCUCGUCUCGCGAAAGAGCUCGACGACGAGUUUCGGCGCGUGGGUCCGCGCAGGGUCUGCGCAACGGGAGUCCUCGUCCCCCCCGCGGGGUACCUCCGCGCCGUGCGCCGCAUCUGCGACGACCACGGCGCGCUGCUCAUCUUGGACGAAGUCAUGUGCGGCAUGGGCCGGACAGGGACAAACUACUACCACGCCUGGCAGGCUGAAGGCGCAGACGCUCCGCCCGACAUACAGACGGUAGCGAAGGGCGUUUCGGGGGGGUACGCGCCCGUGGCGAUGGUGCUGGCGAGUCAGGCCGUGGUAGACGGCAUCAACCACGCCUCAGGCAUCUGGAACCACGGCCAUACAUUCACGUCGCACCCCGUGUCCUGCGCGGCCGCGCUCGCGGUGCAGACCGUAAUCAAGCGGGAGAACCUGGUACGCUAUGCCGCGGAGAUGGGCAGCCUGCUUGGGGCGCAACUCAGGGGGGCACUGGGGCAUCAUCCGCACGUUGGAGAUAUUCGAGGGCGGGGAUUGCUCUGGGCCGUCGAGUUCGUGGCAGACAGGACGACCAAGAGGCCGUUCGAGCCUGAGGAUGGGAUUGCCGCGCGUAUCCACGCCGUGGGGAUGUCGGAUAUUCCUUUAUCCUGGCACCGGCACGGCCGACGGCUUCAAGGGGGAUCACAUCCUCAUCGCGCCGGCGUAUAUCAUCACGACGGAGGAGGUCGGCGAUAUUGUCAGACAGACCACAGGCGUCGUCUGCCAAGUCCUAGGAUCAAUUCCACUCCUCUGAUGCUCUGA